AUGGAGUUCUCAGGGCUGAUCAAGAUUGCCAUGCAUGGAGCCCACCCGUGCGACCUCGAUCGGAGAGACUGGGAGUCGGGCUCGGGCGUGCUGGUGGACUCGGUGGUCCCAUGGAUUGAACAAGUGCUGCAGGGGUGCGUCGAGGUCGGGAGGCCAGUCAUGAUGCAGGCAUGCAUGUACUUGAUGACACCGGACGGGGAUUUCAUCAUCGACUUCCUCGGCGAGGAGUUCGGGAAGGACGUGGUGGUCGCUGAAGGGUUCUCUAGUCAUGAUUUCAAGAUGGGGCCUGUGGUAGGGAGGAUUUUGGCGGAGAUGGUGAUCGAUGGAGAGGUGGUGGGGUUUGAGCUGAAGCACUUCAGGUUGGGGAGGUUUGAGGAGGAUCCGAAGGGGAAUGCCAAGGAGUUUGAGGACCAAGUAUCCUCCCAUGUCAAUCCAUGA